CUCAUCAUUCUAGCAUUGCAUCAAUUGCUGUCGUCAGUAGAUCAGUGAUAACGGCUAUCAAUUUUUCGUCAAGUUCAGAGUCAUGCGGUUUUCUACAGUGUCUGGGUUGGUGGCAGCGCUCUCGCUAGCAUGUGCAUCCAACGCUGCUCGUAUCUUGCUCAACAAUGACGAUGGGUUCGGAAGUGGAAACACUCGAGAGCUGUACAGACUGUUGAAGGAGGCAGGUCACGAAGUCGUGAUUGUCGCCCCAGCUACCCAGCAAUCGGGCCAGGGAGGUCUUACAGAAUUCACCACCGAAGCAAACCUCACAGCUCCGUCCCAAUAUGACAUUGUGCCCGCUGGUGCACCAUCUGUAGGAACCGAUCCCAACGAUUCCAACAUCUGGUAUUACAAUGGCACUCCGGCCGCGUGCACCUUUGUCGGCUUGGACUACGUUAUUCCUCGAUACUACAAGGAUUGGAAGUAUGGCCCCGACGUCUUUGUUGCUGGUCCUAACUUCGGUGUCAACCUUGGUCCUUUUGUGUUUACUCUGAGUGGUACCAUUGGAUCAACAUAUGCCGCGGUAUCGAGGAGUGUUCCGGGUAUCGCGAUUAGUGCAUCGAACGACCGAAUUGCCUACUCAGACGUUAAGAACACCAGCAACCCAGCCACAUGGACGGCAAAGGCCUCCUUCAAAGUUGUCCAAGAGUUCAUCGAGAGCACUCCCGAGGGUCAAAGUGUGCUGCCUCUUGGGUAUGGUGUCAAUGUCAACAUCCCCCCGCUGGACAACGACGAGGAGCCGCCGAUCUACCAGACCCGCCUGACUGGAGAAGCCGAUACCGAUAUCGCGGCAUAUGACGAGGAGACUGGCCUGUUCGACUGGGACUUUGCGCUUCCAAAGCCGGCCGGAGUCAACGCUUGCUGGAAUGGAGAUUGCAGUCUGCCCGGAGAGACUUGGAUCGUGAAUGGCGGAGGCGUAAGCGUGUCGCUCUUCACUGUCGAUUAUGAUGCUCCAACCAAUGUGUACACGACCGAUGUUUUCGGAAAGGUCAGUGCUCUCUUCGAGGGCCCAAAGGGUAAUGGCACUUCUGCUGGAAGCAAGAAGCUCAAGAGAGGACUAGCAAGGCCGAUUAUUAAAAGGCACCAGUGA